AUGAGCAACGAUAGAGAAAACAAAUUACAAGAAUUGAGGCAGCGUAUGCAAAAGUCAUCAACAGAUAACAGAGCUGCUGUACACGAUGAGCAUAAUACUUCAAAAAAUCAAGUAAGAGUGGCUCACAAGUUGGAAAAGAAGGAGAAGCUUGCAGAUGCUAUUCAGGAGAAGAAGAGAGUCGUUGAGGAAGGUGAGGAUGUUGAAAGAUCCAAGAAUAUGGAUUAUUCCAUUGAGGAUAAUGAAAAUUGGGAGAAGAAACUCAAGCAGAAAGCAAGGAAUGCGAGGUUUGAAUUUGAUGACGCUGAACAAGUCAGCCAGCGCCGUUAUAAGAAGGAUCUUGCAUACAUUAAACCAAAUAUGGCAACCUACAAUAAACAGAAAGAGCAGGCACUUGGUUUGCCACCUGGUACAAUCACAGAUGAUUCAUCUAAUGCAGAUAAAUCAUCAACCGUGGAUCUUUAUAGAGAGGCUGAUAGCCUGAUAUAUGCUGAUCACAAGCCAACAGAUGAAGAUUUGGAUAAAUUGACAAACAAAGUCAAUGACGACAUUCAUCGUCGUAAGAACUUUUCAAGAAAGAGACCAGAGAAGGAGGAAGACAAGACUUAUAUCAAUGAUCGUAAUAAGGUUUUCAAUAACAAGAUCAACAGGUACUUUAAUCAGUAUACAAAGGAAAUACGCGAGUCAUUCGAAAGGGGUACUGCUUUGUAA